UAAUCGCAUCCUUUAUUUUGAAGACGUGUUUGACGGACAUUAGAUACAAACCCUAACAUAGAUGAUGGAUUCAACCAAAACAAAAAAGGCUAUAGCUGCACAUGAUCAGGAAGAGCUUCCAUGGGAGAUGAUUGAAGAAAUUCUCUCUCAUGUCCCUCCAAUAUCUCUUGUACGCUUCAGAACCGUUUGCAAACGAUGGAACGCUCUCCUCAACGACAAGACGUUCCUAAACAACCACAAGUUUACGUUUCGAUUCAUCUUAACAACCAAAUCCAAGAUUUACUCGGUAAGCAUUGACCCUAAGAUAUUGGUGCGUGAGUUAACAUUGGAAGUUCCCGGUACAGAAUCUCAUAUUAAACAUUUGGUUGAUUGUAAUGAGUUCUUGCUAUGUGGUAUGGAUAAAGUAGCCGCGGUUUGGAACCCGUGGUUUAAACAAAGCAGAUGGAUCAAAGUCAAUGCUAGCCAACCUAGUUCCCAAGUCGUUGGCAUAGGUUAUGUUAAUAACAACAUGAGAGCUGAUGAAAAACGUUACAAGACCAUUGGGUCUUAUUGGACGGACCAUUCCGAGUGGGAAACCCAAGACUUUUCUUCCGAAGUGUGGAAAGACCCCAAGUUGACACCUAUACAGGGAGACAAAAGUCUCAAAGAUAAAGCAGCUAUCUUCUUCACUAAAUGUGGUGUAUCGUUACAUGGAAAUGUGUAUUGGAUUGCUUUCUAUGACAAGACUGAUACCUUGUACCAUCUUCUUAACUUUGAUUUUUCGAGCGAGAGAUUCUAUGCAUACUUUUGUGAUCUACCAUGUGGGAUGAACCAUCCUCGCAAUGCUCUUGUCCUUAGAGUCUUCAGGGGAGAUCGGUUUUCUUUGUUGAAACAAUGCUACAAGACAAAGAAGAUUGAGAUUUGGGUGACCAAGAACAAGAUUAACGUUGAGGAUGGUAAUGAUGUGGUUUGGAUGAACUUCAGGACUUUGUCUAUACCUAACUUUCCAGGUUUAGUAUCGAAUGAAUAUUCCAGCUCUCAACCAAGUUACUUCAUCGACGAUAAAAGGCUUGUUUUGUGUUCUUGCGACGAAACUGGCCAUCCUUGGAUCUAUGUUGUAGAAGAAAACAAGUUGAUCAGUAAAGUCCAGCUAAAUGAUGUGUUUGAUCCUUGGCCUUUGCAUUGUACCUAUUUUCCAAGCUUGGUCCCGGUUCCUAGAGGUCCAAGAGAAGAAGCAUUAUUACAAGAUUAGUUUAUUACGUUAUUCUGUCUUCUUGUUUGGUUUUGAUCCUGAAGAAACUAAUGCUGAUUUGGAUUUUGUUUAUUUUUUCAUUCAUAAAUUCAUUGUCAUUGUUGCAGCUAGAGUUAGCUCACUUUAUAAAUAAUAUAUUACUAGGUGAUUGUUUUAUACUCACAGAGGUAUAUAUAUGUAUAUAUUCACAAAAUACAUAAUUAAUUACAAACGAUUAAUAUUUUUUUUCAUUUUUAUAAGUUUAAAUUGUUUUGUUAUGUGAUUUAUAUGCAUAAAAAUAAAUAAUAUAUAUAUGUAUGUGUGUGUGUGACUUGCUUAUAAAAAAUUAUUGGUUCGGUUAUUCUUUUUUAAUAUUGGAUUGCAUUAUUCCUCUCAAUUAGACAAUGUUUGCUUCAUUGUUCUAAAUAAGCUGAAAUUAGAUUUACUUUUUUUCUUACUUUCAUUUAGUUUAGAUCAGUGUCUUUGAUUUAUAACAUAUUUUGGUUAGAUUAUGUAUAGUUUGAUAUAUGUUAAUUUGGAAGAAAAAUAGGAAACUAUCGUAGUUCCAAAAUUGCACAAGUUAAUAUAACUAAAAAUAUUUUGAAAUUUCAUGAAAGUAUAUAUAUAUUUACAAAACCUAAAUUGUAAUAUCUAUUUAAUGUAUCUUUACACUUAUUCACAGUUUUGAGUUGUUAGUAAUUUAUAAUGUGUUAAUUUAUUGAGUAGUAAUUUAUAAAAUUUCUACGGUAUCCAAAAAUAAUUAAACAAUAAAUAUUUUUUAAUUAUUUAAAAACAAUUAUAAAUUAUUUAAACUAUUAGUAGUUCCACAUCGAUAUUUUUUUAUCUUGGUUUUUAAAAAAUGUUAAGACUUUAAAACAUGUGAGUAUAAAGCUUCAUUUAACAGAUAAUCAUAUUAAAAUAUACAAUAUAUCUAUCUUAAUAUCAUUUUUUAUGUUAAUAUCAUUUAAACUUAAUUAUAUACCAUAUUAAAUAGAUAAAAAUGAAUGUUUGAAUUUAUUUUACCAUAAUAUGAUUGUAAAUAAAUGAUGAUAAUUGUUUUGAUUUAUGUGUAAACCAAUUUAAUUAUAUAUGUAUAGUUUUUAGUUUCUCAAUUAUUUCAUAAAAUAAUUUGUAUACACAUUGUUCAUCUAGACAAAACAGUUUAAACUCAUCAACUAUUGUCACGUUACUCACAUGUGAAACCAAGUAUUUUUUUUUUUUUUUGAGAAAGAGGUAUUUAUUGUUUUGUCCAUCGGAUCCUCUACUUUGAAAAGAUACGGUUCAAAGU